CUUAUCUGCGAUAGCGCCUCUUGUUGAUGACGAACUUGUCAACUGUGGCGCUUCUCUCUUUAGCUAACAUGCUUCUCCUGUAAAGACUGAUCCCGAAUAGUCAUGGCUUUGAACCACCUGAACCUCCUGCGACCCUUUCUGUGUCGGUCCCUGGCACGGCCUGCCAGGUCUCCACUCACAGUCACAUCAUGGGUCGGUUUCAGACCACCGAUUUGUCCUGGUGCCUCCCUCCACCCUGCUCCUGCAUGCAUCAGGCUCUACGCCACCAAGAAGGCAAAAGCCAAGGCAAAGGGCCAGUCAGCUAAGGUGAAUAUUAAUUCAUCUUUGGUGGAAGACAUCAUCAGUCUGGAUGAAGUGAAGGAGGACAUGACCGCGGUCCUCAGUGCACUCAAAGAUGAGUUCACACGUAACCUCAGCAUCCGAACCUCGCCAGGGGCUCUGGAUCACAUUGUGGUGACGACUCAAGAUGGGAAGUUUCCUCUGAACCAGCUGGGUCAGAUCUCCAUGAAGUCCUCUCAAGUCAUUAUGGUCAACAUGAGCAGCUUCCCUGAAGCUACAGCGGCGGCCACCCGCGCCCUGAGAGAGAGCAGCAUGAACUUAAACCCAGAGGCGGACGGGACGAUCAUCAAGGUGCCCGUUCCCAAAGUGACACGGGAACACAGGGAAAACCUUGCCAAGUUGGCCAAACAAUUCAGCAACAAGGCUAAAGACUCUUUGAGGAGAGUGCGCUCCAAUUCUGUCAGCCAGGUGAAAAAGGCAAAAGAGGGUCACUCUGAAGACACAAUACGACUCGUAGAAAAACAGAUUCAACAGAUGGCAGACAACACUGCUGCGGAAAUCGACAAACAACUUGCAGCCAAGACCAAAGAGCUUUUAGGAUGACUUUAAGAAAAGAAAACCAAUAAGUCUCCAGUUACAUAUUUCAGCAUCAAUAAGACAAACGUGAACCUGUUGGUAACAGAAACUGGAUCAUGAUGCCUUCUGAAUCAUUCACAGACGCACGUUUUGGUCUGCUGAAUCUUUUCUUCUUGACCACACUGUUGGGUACCCAUCAUUGCCGUGCGAUAUUUGCGUCCAGCUGCAUAAAGGCGUAAACAGAAACUGGCACGGAAACGGCAGCGACGACGACGACAGACUGCCUGUCACCUCCCUCCUCUUCCUUGUUACUCUCCCCAUCUUCAAACAAACAUCCAACAGGGGACGAAUGGCCUUUUAAUGGGAUUUGUGGGCCUCCUCCUAAUCAAACUCCUCGCCACAGGGGCUGUCUGUUUAUACAAAGCAAGCGCACCCAUCCGAAUGUAAACUGGCUGCGGGUUUUCCUUGGUGGCAAGAGUAAGACGCAGUUUGUUCUCGAAACUUAGGCAGAUACCAUUAGCGUGCUGCCAAACAUUUGUUUCGCAUUGAUUCUCAGUCUGGUAUAAAUGCACAUUGGGAGGGAGGGAAAAAGAGCCUUUAAUUUCUGUCCAUGUCUAGGAUUGAUAACAUGGCUACUCUAUUUUAAACACAAUAAAGUCAGGAAAGACACAUUAUUGAUGGACCCCAUUAAAGAAACACUGCUUUGAAGCAUGUGCGUCAUCUUGUUCUCUCUUGUUUUCUUUUCAUUUGCUUUACUUUUUGGUUUAAAGCCGGCCCCUUGCUCCAUUAGCUGGAGUGAUAAUGGACUUUUCCUGUGCAGGGACCUUCUGGGGGCCCCGGCUGCUGGCACCGUGGUCGUCCAUUAGGAAAAAGAGGCUUUUAAUGUUCUACACUUGGCCUCCUUUGUCUUUAAAUAGCUUCACUUUUCAAACUUGCAGCUGAGAAUAGCUGGUUUGCAGGAGCUGUUGAAACCAAUUCAAUAACAGGAAUAGUUGGAACGAAGGAAGAAAAGCGCACGCACAUUGUGUCCGGCUCCGCUUUCAUCUGCCCGCUGUUUAUACCAGCCGGAGGCUUUCUGUGCCAUUAUGUGGCUGGUGUCAUCAUCUUUAUCAUGAUUUCUUUUGCUCCUUCCGCUACUGGUCACAGGCAGCCCGCAAGUCAGACAGGCUUUAUUUUCAGUCUGCCCACACUUGAUCUCACAGUCAUCUGAUGACUGCAGCCACUCUGCAGCUGCUAAUUACAUUUCUAUUACAAUGCAUUCUCACUUCUCCAAAUUGGAUUUAGGAAUAGGUGGCGUCGCCGGUUUCACUGGGGGCCUUACUGUGCGUGGGUUUGAUGUCCAGAGUCCUCUCUGUCUGUGGCUGCUCUUUAAUGGUCCAAACAGUCCAGAGUCACUGGAUAAACAAGAGUUUAGCAGAGGAGUGGACAGGCUGGGACAGAGGAGGGCGGGGUGGAAAUGUCAGGUUUUUGUGGUGAUUCUUGGUCCAUAUGUCAGCAAUUUGAGGGCAUUGUGUACCUUGGCCUAAAACAGAGGCUUCAUGAUCGAUGGAGGGGAGAAAAAUCUCCCAAAGUCCCUGGCGCACAACACAGGCAAAGCACAAGGAAAUUGCUUUCAGCUGAUAGCUUCAUUUCGGUUGACAUUUAUCAACUGAAUUACCCCUGUUCCUUUUCGAAUGUUUACUACUACCAGCAGCGCUGCCUUUUUUUUUGACGUACACGUCUGCGAGCGUCCGCCGUUAGCGUGUGAGACCGCGCUUGUUUGCCAACAAGAGAGCGGUGGAGGGUUUUGUCUCUGUGGAAGUUUGGCUGUAUCCUUUGGCGACGCCUCAAAAAAAUAUACAAGGCCAAAUUAGUUCGGUAAACGUUUGAUUUGAUAGCGCAGGCCUUUAUUCGCAGCCGGCGCAAAGCGCAAACAUGCUGUUUGUUAGAGUUGUUUUCGUUCUUUUUUGCAAGAAGGGUCAAAGUUUGCAUCCUAAAUAUUAGAAAGGUAGCACUUCCUGUAAAAAUACAUGGAACUUAAGAUGAAUUCAUCCUCUACUGCAGUGCAGCGUAUUCUCAUAAUAAAAAAAAAAAAAAAGAAAAAACCAGACUUCUGAUUUGAGUGUAUUUAUUCAGCAGGGGAAAAUCGUACAUUGGGUAAUAAUUGCUAUUUAACAAAUUUACCAGUGGCUCAAUUACUGGUUCUUCUUCUGUUAAUAAAAGAACCAGUAGUUGGUCCUUUACGGACGAAUCUCCUAACGUUUCACAGUGUUGUCUCCUACAUGCUUGGUAUGACAUGGAAACGAUUUGUCCUACUGUUGGGUAAAAACAAAAAACAUUCAUUUUGAAUCAUCAUAUCUUUGUGAUCCAUUAAUGAUAAAUUGUCUACUUUCCUGGCAGAAACCAUCAGCCUUUUAAAGUCUGAUUGUGUGUCAGAGAGUUAAUUACUUCAUGCACUCUUAAAAUGUCACAUUGCUUUUGGAAGAAAAGAGUCCCACGUCAUCACAGAUCCUCCACUAUACUUAAGAGUUUAAAUGAGGGUUUUUCUCCCUAAAAAUCAGUCAAUUGUUUCACUUCACAUUCAUGUGGAGUUGGUGGUUGUUUCAAAGAUUCAUUUUUACCUUGGUAAUCCAGAGAUAUCACUCUUUACUGCAGUUGAGAGAUUUUUUUUUUGUUUUCUCAACUUCCAUUUUCUCCCCGCUGGUUUAAUGUAGUGAAAUUAAAGGCUGAAAUUUACUACAAUUUUCCCUGUGUUGUUUUGCCAAAAGAGGGUUGUACAGCAGGGGAACCAGUGAUUGUGCCACUGUUGAGUCUGUUAAAAAGCAAUUAUUUCCUUAUGUGGUAUUUCUUUCCUACUCAAUAAAUGUACUGAAAUUAAAGGUCACAUUGUU